AUGCUGUGUCCAGCAGUACACGGGGGACCCCACGUGGACACUGCUAUGGAAGCCAGCCUGGGCACCGCCGGCCGCGGGCCCCGCACAGACCUGGAUGAUGAGGACUCCUACCCCCAGGGUGGCUGGGACACAGUCUUCCUGGUGGCCCUGCUGCUCCUGGGGCUGCCGGCCAACGGGCUGAUGGCGUGGCUGGCUGGCUCGCAGGCCCGGCACGGAGCGGGCACGCGGCUGGCCCCGCUCCUGCUCAGCCUGGCCCUCUCCGACUUUUUGUUCCUGUCAGCAGCGGCCUUCCAGAUCCUGGAGAUCCAGCACGGAGGGCACUGGCCGCUGGGGACGGCCGCCUGCCGCUUCUACUACUUCCUCUGGGGAGUGUCCUACUCCUCCGGCCUCUUCCUGCUGGCCGCCCUCAGCCUGGACCGCUGCCUGCUGACGCUGUGCCCGCGCUGGUACCCUGGGCGCCGCCCGGCCCGCCUGCCCCUCUGGGUCUGCGCCGUGGUCUGGGUGCUGGCCACGCUCUUCAGUGUGCCGUGGCUGGUCUUCCCCGAGGCCGCUGUCUGGUGGUAUGACCUGGUCAUCUGCCUGGACUUCUGGGACAGCGAGGAGCUGCCCCUGCGGAUGCUCGAGAUCCUGGGGGGCUUCCUGCCUUUCCUGCUGCUGCUCAUCUGCCACGUGCUCACCCAGGCUGCUGCCUGCCGGGCCUGCACCUGCCGCCGCCACCAGCCUCGGCCCACGGCCCGCCAGGGCUUUGCCCGAGUGGCCAAGACCAUUUUAUCGGCCUAUGUGGUCCUGCGGCUGCCCUAUCAGCUGGCACAGCUGCUCUACCUGGCCUUCCUGUGGGACAUCUACCCUGGCUACCUGCUCUGGGAGGCCCUGGUCUACUCGGACUACCUGAUCCUGCUCAACAGCUGCCUCAGUCCCUUCCUCUGUCUCAUGGCCAGCGCUGACCUCCGGGCCCUUCUGCACACGGUGCUCUCCUCCUUUGCUGCAGCUCUCUGCGAGGAGCGGCCGGGCAGCCUCAUGCCAGCCGAGCCACAGAUCCAAGUGGCCUCUGAGGGUCUGAUUCUGCCAGGGCUCAUAGCUGAGGCCCAGCCACAGUCAGAACCCGCGGCCCAGCCUCAGCUGAACCCCGCAGCCCAGCCACAGUCAGACACUAAGGCCCAGAGCCCGGGACCUGCUGCCAGCUCAGCCCCCAGCCCCUGUGAUUCAAACACUAAGGCCCAGAGCCCGGGACCUGCUGCCAGCUCAGCCCCCAGCCCCUGUGAUGAAGCCUCCCCUGCCCCAUCCUCAAAUCCCACUCCAGGAGCCCCUGAGAACCCAGCCAUGCCUGCUGCCUCUGAGGGACAAAGCCCCAGCAGUGCCCCAGCAGAGGAGUCCCCCAGCACAGGCCCCACAUGA